UUAUUAUUAUCCAGUAAGGUCAUACUGAUUUUGCCGUCAGCUGUUUCCCCAAGAAGUUUUCUGUUUAUUUUGCUUAAAAUGUAGUUUUUUGUUUAUUGUUUAUAAACUUAGUAAACCAACACCGUAAUCAAAAGGGAAUUGGCGGCCCAGAAAGCUUAUCUCGAGUAUAAAAGAAAUAAGCUCGAGAGAAAAUGGACGCACCCUUUUUGCCAGACGACUCCGGAAACUUUAGCUUCACCAGCGACGAUGGAAGCUCCACAGGCGGAGACUCCGGGAUGAAACAGGAGCCGGAAUCCAUGUUUCUUAUGCGCCAGGAGCUACUGAGAUCCCGCAGCGAGGUGGAGCGCCUCCUGAAGUCGGAGCAAUGGUACAAACAGGAACUAAAGUCACAAAAGCACAGCCGGCUGGAGACUCUGGAACGCCUGUACGCUCAGGAGCGAAAAUAUCUGAUGGAGAAUCAGAGGCUACAACAAGAGGCCACCCGUCUAAAUGCUAAAUGUGCCACGCUGGAAAAGCAGCAAGAACAGGGCCAGCCCAGGUCCCCAAGUAUCUCUGUGCCCAGCAAGACUGACUCGGAUUCUACAGAUGCGGCUUCUUUCGAAGCUAAGCAGCAGGAAGCGCGACUCCGGGAUCAGCGCCAAUUAAUAGAUGUCCUUCGAAAGCAGAAGAAGAUGCUUCUGGAGGACAUUCAAAGGCUAAGUCUCGAGCACGACGAGAAGCUCAUACAAUUGCAACAGACCUUGGCGGGAAUGGAACUGGAGAGCAAACACGUGACCGGAAAAUGCAAGCAGUUGCUGGAGGAAAAAAGCCAAAUGGAGCACCAACUGGAGCUGAGGAGCACCGCCUUGCGAGGUGUCACCGCCGAACGGGAACAACUUCGCCAGGUCAUUGCCGAGCUGAAUGAAACCCUGCAAACCCAGGAACAUCUGCUGGCCCUCAAAGAGCAGGAGUUCCUCGAUCUGAAGCAGUACUACCAGCAAAAGUUAUCCCGGGAGAGUAGCGUAGACCUAAUGCACUCAUAUAGCCUAAAAUUUCACGAGGAAAUCAACAGCAAGACAAGUGAAAUAGCCAGUUUGAAGAAUUCCCUCAACGAGCUUCAGUCGGAGCUGUUUAUGAUGUCCCAGCUGAAAGAUCAGAACGAGGAACAGCAACGUCAGUUGGAGCAGUUAGAAUUUACGUUGCAAGCGCAGCUUCUGGAACAGGAGCAACUGCGGCAAAGUGAUGCGCUCAAACUGGAGCAAGUGGAAAGCUUAAGUCAGUCUUUAGUUUCUCUACAGCUGGAAAAGGAAACACUCACAGAGAAUCUUCAGGAGGCCAAAAAAAAAAUUAAGAAAUUAGAGAAUGAAGUGCAAAGACUUCAUAAUCAAUAUGCUGAAAUGUGUACCUUGUGUGAAGACAUCAAGGAGCAACUGAGAAGUGAGCAGAAGGAGUUGGCAGAACUCAAAGAAAAGGGAUCCAUAAAAGAAAAAGAGCUAUUAAACAAACUGAAGGAAUAUUCAGAUCAGUGUUUUCAACUUAGAGAGACGUUGUCUACAGUGGAGUCCCAAAUGAGUGACCAUAACAGGCAGGCGGAGAUGUUUCAGAAUCAGAUAAAAGUAAUGGAGGACUCUAAGCAUCAACAGGAAAAUAAGAACUUCCAAAGUCAAGCCAUCCAAACUGACGUUGACGAUCCCAUUCUCCUCGAACGGAUUGAGGUUUUGGAAAAGCAGUUAUCUGAUGUCAAGGCCCAAAAACAACAAACUGUUGCUCUGCUCCAGAAACUACUGCAGCAACAGGAUGCCAAAAUCAAGAGCACAAACGAAAUGGAGGCCGACUGGCUGCAGCUUCUUGAAACCCUACAAGCCACUCAAAAGCUAGAGCAGGACAUGCGCUUGGAGCUUCAGCAGAAAACCGUCGAACUGGAGCAACUAAACGAACUGUUUGCUGGGCAAAACGAGGAACUUCUAAAUCUUCAGAAACUAAGCCUAGCCAAAGACGAAGAGAAUAGGUUGGAACUGCAGCUAUUAAAGGAAACAUUCCAAGAGAGUCAGGAGAUCCACUCGGCUGAUUCUAUGAAUAUACAAAGGCUACAGAGUCAAGUCAAGUCAUUGCUUGAGGAGCGAGAGGAAAGCGCACGGCAGGAGCACAAGGCGGUGGACUGCCUGAGGUCACUGGCCCAAGUGCUCGAAAUGGAGACGGGUAGGCGGUUGCAGAACAUCAAGUGUUGGCCCCAACUAGCCAAACUAUUGCGCAAGGAACUGCGAAGUGGAAGAGUCUUUCAUCGCAAGGCUGAGGAGUUGCCGGGACUCAAACUAAGGCUGGCAGAAGUCAGUGGCAUGCACGAGCAGGCUAUGGCCAGGAUUAAGUUUCUGGAGCAAACUCUAGCUGCAGAACGCUUGCGUUUUGAGGCCUCUGACUCUGGGAAGUCAACAGCAAGCACCACACCGCUAGAGCCCGCACAUGAGGUUGCUAAUCUAAUUGACGACUACAAGAAGCUCGUUCAACAAACCGCAAAGGAGACGGGACGCCCACGAAACAGCCACAUCCUGGAGCUGAUCGAACGUAGUCAACGGUGCCAGCCAAAUUUGUGCCAAUUAAGCGACGGUGUCCUCGCCUGUCGCUCCGAUGUAGAGCAGCUAAACAAGUUGCUUGCCGCUGGUCAGAGGGGAACUGGGGUCAUGCCCUCCCUGAUGGAAGAGCUCCGCGCUGUAACCGAACAUUCUUAGUUUGUUUGUUGUGAGGUAGCUUAGCUUCCAACAAAUUUGUCUAGAAGUACUUAACAUUUUCUGACUCGAAUUUGUUUAUUUCCAUUUUGUGUUCCCAAAGUGCAAUCUAUGAGUCUAAAUUUGUAUUUAACCUAGUCCCUAGUUCUAAAAACACAUUGAAGUUCUACUUAGUUGAAUUUUUCUAUAUUAUUUUGUAUACUUAUAUAUACAUAUAUGUAAAUCAUUUCUGUUUAUUUAAUGUAUAACUCAAAGUUCUUUAGUUGUAAGUUUGUGAAACGUUUUUCUUAGUCAAAUUUUGCAAAUAUUAACCAUAUAUAUUUUUUUCGUUUGAAUAAUUUAUACAACUUCUUUAUGAAACUCAGAUGCCAACAUAUGAAAAUAUAUUUUCACAAACAUAUACAUGAUCCGUAUUUUGAGGUCACAAAGCAAAUAUAUUUAUUUUUAUAGCCAAUAUUGAAAUUGAUUGAACAUAAAUACACUGUUUGUGUAAAACAGACGAACAAAUUGUGGUUCUUACUUAUUGUUGGGACACCUGGGAAUGACAUUUCCUUGGAGUGUUAUAAUGACAUCUUUUUCUAUUCUUGUUACUUCGCCCAUAUCGUCUAGAUCAAAAACUUCUUGUAAUUGGGUUUUUUUGCUAACCGUUGCUCCACAUAUUACUUUUUUCAUUCUGUUUCUACAAAUAAUAACUGAAUCAUAAUCCAACUUUAGAAUUGGCUUCAGAGUUUUCAUAACCGAACAGGCUGUUGUAACUUUCCGAGGGCACAUCACGCCAUUACAUUUAAAGCCAUCUAAGAUCAAAACCGUAAUUAGUUUUUAUUUAUAAAAUAAAACAUUUUAAAUAGUAUUACCUUUGUCUCUGCUAACAUUUAUUUCUUUCAUAUCAGGGCUGGCCGUAAAACUGGUCUCUCGCUCCUGAAAACUUUUAGAUUUUAUGAGUUCUUUUAUAAAAUUUUUUUAAUAUUACCAUGUAACCACAUUCUCCAAGCGUCGAUAAAGAUAUUAAAAUCUUUAUUAUUAACAAUAUUAUAGCAUUCAUUUUAAAACUUGACUCUUCCUAAUACAACAAGCGACUGGCAUGCUAAAAUAAUAUUUAAUAUAAUAUAUAAGCUUUUCUACUAAACAUUUUAGUUUCGUUUGAUUUGUGAAAAAUUGCAAUAACUGUAACUAAGUGUUACGAAAUAAAAAAAAACUAUAUGUAACUAUACUUUUAACGAAAUAGUUGUAUAGUUGUAUUAGAAAUGCAUUUUUGGGAUUAUUCAAUGCCCUUUGGGAACCUCCCGUGAAUGAUGUAAGCUGUGGUAAAUCGGUUUUGUGGCUUCAUCCUCAAUCAGAGACGGCGGCAAUCUUUUUCUUUUCACUUCGAAUAUAUUAAAGGAAGCCACCCGACACCGCCCUAGGCAUUGUCAACGCCUGGCAUGGGAGCAGGAUCGGAUUGGAGGCGGAGUGCAGGCCACUUGGGUAUUGAUAAAUGCGUUGAAAACUAAGCGACCGCCCAGUGGAUUACCAUCCCUUUUCCCCCGAUCACCAUGGCCUCCUGCCAUGGACUCCUCACGGCCGGAGAGGAGUGCCCCCCGCAGCCGGCAAUGGAAUGAGGAGCAAUCGACCACAAUCGCUGGUCAAAUUCAAUUGGCGCAAUUUUUCAUCUGCGGCUCCAAGGGACCCGAUCUGGCGGAUCCUUUUGGGCUUUUUGCUGGAGCUGUAGCUGCUGCUGUUGCUGUUACUGUUGCCGUCUAUUGUUGCUCUGGGCCCUGGCAAUUGUUCUCGACUCUGGAUCUCUCUGAAUCUUUUGGAGCUAUAGUGCUAUGCUAUGGUGCUGCAGAGCCCUCUGCUCAAGGUUGUUUAUUUUGAAAAAUCACCAUCACCCGAUCGUGGCCUGUGCCGACGGCUGGGGAUUUAAUUCUACGCUGGACAUUUAUAAAUUGCAUUCAAUUUAUACACAACACGAAAGCGUGAUUUUUACAUUUUUACAAUCUAGCGAAUAAUAGAUCAGCGUCGUAUUAUUGCCGACUCUUCACAGCAA